UUUAGGGUCAUCAAACGCUUUAUUGAGACCCUUUAUAACUUCACGCGUCAAAUAUCAUUCAAAUCAACUAAAUAUAUCUAAUGUGACGUGAUAAAGGAUUAAUUAUCUAGUGUUCUCGAAACGGUUCAACGUGUUCUAUAUAAGAAAUAUAAGUGAUGAUGCUAAGUGUGCAGUGCAAUGGUUAUAAGUGUGUCAUGUUAAAUAAUUUAUUAUGAAAAUGUGGAAAAACAUUUUCUACGUGAAAUCUGUAAGGAAAAAGGGGUGCGGGGAAUAGAAUUCCUGCACUAUGUCAAGCGGGAGUUGCUCUGGGCCGGGUGUGUGUGGAGGGGCCAGAAGACGGCCACCUCCUCCUCCCGAGCCAGCACUCUCCCUCGCUGCUGACCUCAGCGAGCUGAGCUUGGACCAAGGCUACCACACAUUGGCCGACUGUGGUCCACCAAGAAGACGUCGUGAUAACACGCUGUCCGAUGCUUUGUGGCUAAAGAUAUUAUCGUAUCUUGAGGUGUCAGACUUAUGUCGAAUGUCACGGGUAUGUAGGAGAUGGUCAAGAUUCGUGGCCAGGUUAACAGUAAGGCCAGAGCCAUGGAGAAGAGUAAGAGCCGCGGGUCCUUUAGAAAUAGCUGCUCGAUGUGCGGGGGCCAGAGCAGGAUCCUGCGUUAGCGCUGUCAGGGAGUGGCGAUCGAAGACCUGUGCGGUGACCGUUGCUGGUGCCCAACUAUUGGCAGCUACGUUCAGAAACUUGACGCAUUUGGCGUUAACCAGCUCCAAUACAAUGGACGCAAGAGCAUUAGCACCUCUGAUCACAGAUUUAGUAGAUCUAAGGCACAUCGAUCUAACGGGUUGUCCAAACGUGGACUGGCCAGAGUGGGCGUGGCUUGAAAGCCGGUUAUCCACGAGAAGACCCCCCAUAGAAUACAUCGACCUAACUGACUGCAGUGCGGUCUCUGAUGCUGGUCUAUGUGCCUUACUGCACACCUGUCCGUCAUUACAAUAUCUCUACCUCAGGAGAUGUACUCUAGUCACAGACGCAGGCGUUAGAUGGAUACCUUCGUAUUGCGCACUCAAGGAGUUGAGUGUGUCUGACUGUAUCGGAGUCACGGACUUUGGUCUAUACGAGCUAGCGAAAUUGGGACCUGCGUUGCGGUAUCUCUCGGUCGCUAAAUGCUCACAGGUCUCCGAUUCGGGUAUAAGCACAUUAGCAAGGCGUUGUUAUAAGCUCCGAUAUCUGAAUGCGAGAGGUUGCGGUGCGCUUGGUGAUGACGGCGUUGAAGCUAUCGGACGAGGGUGCUCGAGGUUAAGAGCUCUUGAUCUUGGUGCCACUGAUGUUUCUGAAGCUGGUUUACAGAUACUUGCUCGAUGCUGUCCAAAUCUAAAGAAAUUGGCUUUAAGAGGCUGCGAAUUGAUAGGUGAUGACGGUCUUGAAGCAGUUGCAUAUUACUGUAGAGGCCUUACGCAAUUGAACAUUCAAGAUACGCCAGUCACAUUACGAGGUUACAGAGCGGUGAAGAAGUACUGUAAGAGAUGUGUUAUUGAACAUACAAAUCCAGGAUUCUGUUGAAGAUAGUAUGUGUAAAUAGUUGGUUCUCUCUAUUCUUGGACAGUGCAAGAAGUAUUCUUAAUAACGAAGAAGCCAAUAAUGCCUGAUCAGAUACGAUGAAUACUAACAAUUUUGGCCAGAUUGGCUGAUAUUUAUUGUUAACGCUUCGUGUCUUCGGAUCGUAUCCUUAAGUUGUACAGCCUUUCUAAAUAAAUAACUAGGGCAAGUAUUUUCCAAAUCGGUAAGGUUUUUGAAGUUAACGAAUUUAACAUUACGUAUGUCUAAUAAUAUUAGUAAAGACCUUAUCAGGACAGUACAUUAAACAGAAACAAUUGGAAAUAAAAUCUGGUUUAGUACAAGAUUUUGUGACAUUCAAUUACAUGUCAGGCCCUAUUUGUGCAGCACAUCUACAAACGCACUGACAUAAAUAUCUACUAGAAGAUAAUAUAACCGUUUGGUAUCGCACCUUAUUUUGAUGUUAAUUUUGAAAUUUCAUAUAAUAAGGGCUUGAAAUAAAUCGACAUACCAAACAAUACAAUAAAUUUUUUUUUACUAAUAAUUUUAGAUUGGAAUGAAAGUCAUAACAUAAAAUUAAAUUAAAAUUGAAUUUGUUUGUCUUUAUUUGGAAUUUACGGAAAGGCUAUGUAUAUAAGUAGAUAGAUUAGUUGUUAAUUAUUAUAAGUGAAUUGUAUUUUUGGAAAUUUUAAAUGAUGAUCAAGUUGAUACUUGUAUACCUUUGAGGUUAUUAAAAAAACAGCUUGUAUGUGCUAGGUGCUAUAUUGAAUAUAUUUCAAAUUCUGUAUUAUAGCUUUAUAAUUACGUUACAUUGUAUAUAAUUUCAUUUAAAAUAAUAAAAUUAGUUUUUUUUUCUUAUUAUAUUAAAAAGAUCGAAGGGUUUUUGAUAUGAAGUCAACAAUACAAUUGCUACAUUAAAACAUAAGAAGUUCCUUCAAAAUAACAACGAAUGGACUGAAACACAAAAUUUCGCCGCACUUUUAAUGUAAAUUCGAUCAAAAAUAAUUUAUGUUAAUAAUUUUGAAAAUACAA